CGAAGAAGAGCCAGCUUGAGAUUUAACAAUUUGCAAAACACACGAGUGUUGAAUGAGUUCACCAAGGAUAUUGUAACGUUGAGUUAAACCACACAGUUUUCAAAGACAGGUCACUUCAACAACUCAGAGCACUUCAGUGACCAUGUCAGGAAUAAAGAGAAAAAUAGAGGGCAGUGAUCCAGACUAUGACAGCAUUUCGGAGGUCAAAAAAAAGAGAAACAAAACUGCAGAAAAUAAUGCUCGAGAAGCAACAAUACAGAAGAUUGAAGCCAUCAUUAGGGACCAGUUUUCUUUGGAAAUGAAGAACAAAGAGCAUGAGAUUGAUGUGAUCAGUCAGCGUCUAAAUGAAGCCAGGAGGAUGAUGGAUAAGCUACGGGCAUGCAUAGUAGCCAAUUAUUAUGCCAGUGCUGGAGUGAUGAGGCUUCCUGAGCAUGCCUCUAAAAGCGACCCCGCCGUAUUGAACCAUCCAGCCAUCAGACGGUUCCUCGAGUCCCCGUCUCGUUCCUCUUCACCACUCAACCAGGGCUCUGAGACGCAGUCUCUCGUCCACUCAGAGUCCGAGUCCCUCUCGCAGCAAGGAGAGGGAGCUGAGAGAAAUGGAGAUGGUGCAUGGAGAGAAGACAGCAGCAGGCAAGAGCGCAGGCCUGGACGCAACACUGGCAAAGACACAUUUGGUGUGCCAGUGUCCACAGGAGCAGAGCAGAGGGUCACCUACCUCACUACUGGAGACGAAGCUUCUAGACUUUACGUAAAGAAGACUAUUGUUGUGGGAAACGUGUCCAAGUACAUCCCCCCAGAUAAGCGGGAGGAGAAUGAUCAGUCUACCCACAAGUGGAUGGUGUACGUCAGAGGUUCCAGGAGAGAACCAAGCAUUGACCACUUCGUCAAGAAAGUCUGGUUCUUCUUGCAUCCCAGCUACAAGCCCAAUGAUCUAGUGGAAGUCAGUGAACCUCCCUUUCAUCUAACGCGUCGCGGCUGGGGGGAGUUUCCUGUGAGGAUCCAGAUCCACUUCAAAGAUCCUCGCAACAAACGAAUUGACAUCAUCCACCAGUUAAAGUUGGACAGAACGUACACGGGGCUACAAACGCUGGGGGCUGAAACUGUGGUUGACGUGGAGCUCCAUAGGGAUUCUCUCGGAGAAGACUACAUUCCUCAGCCCCCGUCCUCCAAGGUGACUCACAGGACAGCCAGUCCUGUCUCGGCCUCCUCCUUCGCCCAGACUCACGGACGCUCCAGUUCCCCGACCUCACAUGACCCCUGUCUGGCAAAAGGUUUCAUCAAGGCAGAGACAGGAAGGCCUUUGCUUGGUCCCAGUUCAGCCCUCACUACUGGUGAACGCACUCCAACACGACCAAAGGCUGGUGACAGGGUUACUCUGGGUUCCCAUGGCAACUCUGCCUUCCAGCCUAUCACAGCAAGCUGUAAAAUAGUCCCCCAAGGACAACCGCCCAGUCCUGCCGAAUCUCCUGGGAAGUCCUUCCAACCGAUCACCAUGAGCUGUAAGAUAGUUUCUGGGUCACCCAUUUCCACCCCAAGCCACUCUCCACUGCCCCGCACACCCACAACCUCCACCCCUGUCCACAGCAAGCACAGCUCUUCCUCUGCGCUCAACAACCCUUAUAUUAUCGUUGACAAACCGGGCCAGGUGAUUGGGAUGGCUUCCUCAUCUGCUGCCUCCACAGGAAGCCCCUCUGCCAAACAAGUUCAAGGUACCCGCUCUCCGGCACCUAAAGUUCACUCCGGCACCUUCCUCUCCUCAGGAGUGAAGGUUAUUAUCAAGCAGGAGCCUGGGGAAGUUUCAACACAACAGCAGCAGAUGGUUUCCACAGUAACCAGCCAGCAGCAGCCUGCUGUUACAGCAGCUCACCAGUUUGUUGCAGUGAAGGGAGGUCACAUGAUUUCCAUGUCGGCCCAGAAACAGGCUGGAGGUGCCACAGGGUCCACAAGUAGUAAGAUGUUGGGUAUUCCUGUUAGCUCAACACUUCAGUCGUCAGUCAAACAGGUUGCCAUCAGCAGUGGACAGAUUCUGGUUGCCAAAGGCAACCCUUCUGUCUCUAAGGUGAUGGGUGGGAAGCAGGUUUUGGCUCAGGGAGUCGCUAAAGCCAUCGUCAGUGGAGCCAGCAACAUCUCUGGUCAGCAUGCCGGUGCCAAGGCCACCGGUGGCUCAGGUGGCAAAAGUGGAGUGAUGGCUACUCUUCAGCUCCCAGCAAACAACCUGGCCAAUUUGGCCAAUUUGCCUCCAGGCACCAAGCUUUACCUGACCACCAACAGUAAGAACCCAUCGGGGAAGGGGAAGCUUCUCCUCAUCCCCCAGGGAGCUAUCCUCCGAGCGUCCGGUGCAGGUCAGCAGUCCCAGAGCAGCUCGUCUGCAGGCGCGGGGGGCUCUCAGAACUCCUCCUCCUCCUCUUCCAGCAGUCUGCCUUCCAAUCUCUCCUACACGUCCUACAUCCUUAAACAGACCCCACAGGGUACAUUUUUGGUCGGCCAGCCAGGACAGGGAUCAGGGAAGCAGGGGGGGUCCAGUUCCGGAGGUCAUUCAACAUCAUCUCCAGCAGCUUCUACCCAGCAGGCUAUCCGCGUCACAGCUGGACAGAAGGCAGCCAUUUUGGCUCAGGUGGUGGGCAGCUCACAAGGUGCUCAGUUGAAGCUGUCUGAUGGCUCUGUGAAGACGGUAACGGCAGCAGGAGCAGGCCACAUGUCCAAGCCCGGUACCACGACACUUAGGAUGACAGGUGGAGUCAUCACUGCUGCUAGCUGCACUCCCGCCAGCUCUGCAGCCACAGCCACUCCACAACAGGCUGCUGAUGGUGGGAAGUCUGCCUCUCAACACCACUCACUUCUGGUGGCAGCCAACCAAGCAGCGGUCAUCAGUGCAGCCAAGAGCGCCAGCGCCGCCGCCGGCAGUGGCAGCCUCCCCAAGACGGCUCCUUUAACCUCUUUGGUCAAAGGAACUGGCAGCUCUGCGGCAAUGACGAAGGGUGCCGUGGGUUCGGGUGGGGCCGUCAUGACAGUUGGAAAGGGGAUCACCAAUGUUCCCGUCCUCGGCAUGUCCAAAGGAGCGGGAGUAGGGACUGUUGUGGGUGCACCCAAAAGUAGCAGCGCAUCAUUAGUCUCAGCAGCAUCAUUAGUCAGCGGGGUGGCAGCUGGAGGAGGAAAGACCACUGCUACACUAUCAGGAAUGCUGAAGAUCCACUCUGGAGGUUCCAGCUCCCAGCAGACCGUCUUAACUAUUCCUGCCAACCAGCUCAAGCAGCUGGGGGUUGGUGCUGGCUCUGGUGGACUGCAGACCUUAUUUAUGCCUGUUGGGAAAGCGGUGUCUAAAGGCCCAGUACCCACUACUCCAUCCUCUUCCUCUUCCUCCUCUUCCACAAACCCUGGAGCAGCUGGAGCUGGAGCCUCCCCAGGUCCUGCCAGCCAGGCCUCCCCCUCCCUUGCCCUGCCUUUGGCACAAGUCAAGACGGAACCAGGCGCUGCUACAGCUGUCACAUCUGGUCCAUCCCCCCCGGUGACUGCUCCUGCUCCCACCUCUGUCCACGUCACCUCUGCAGCUACCACCGUCAAGCAGGAACAAGGAGCCGAUCACUCUGCGCACGACCUCAUCAACACUGAACACAUAGAAACCAUGAUGCAGCUGCUGACAGCUGUUGUGAAGAAGUUCCCUCUAAUUGUGCCAGAUAAGACUGAAGACUCCCAUCCAUUUUGUGCCUCUUCAGUUGAGCAGUAUUAUUCUUGGAAUAUCGGAAAGCGCAGAGCAUCAGAGCUUCAGCGAGCGGUGGCGGUGAAGCGGGUUGUCCAGGACGUGCUGGACCGCUCUCCCCGCCUGCAGGCCCUCACACCCCCAAAGACCAGAGAGGUUGUUCAGUGGUGCCGGCAGAGGGGCUACACGCCGCCAGACCCCGAGCCACAACACAAGAACGACGACGAGUCUAUUGAAGACAUUCUCACGCAGAUAGACAAUGAACCUGAGUGUCCGUCAACCUUGAGCAGCUGCGAGGAGCUGGCGCAGCGGCUGGAGCAGAUGCAAGCUCUGCUGAAGACCGAACCUGAGGAGACGGAUGAUAAAGUAGUCGAUGUCAUCACUGUAACUCCUCCCCGCCAGAAGCUAAAGGUUAAGGAGGAGGAGCAAGAAACUGACGUGGAGCCCAGAUUCUUCCUCGGCCCAUGCGUGUCCUCCCAGUUUGUCGGCGAAGCAGCUCAGCAGAUCGGGGUUAUGUUUCAGCCGGUGGAAGUGGAGAAAAAUCUGUUUGCUCCGGUAGUCGAAACCAUGAUUCUGAAGGCUACACAACAGUUUGCCAGUGACAUCCUGCGAGAAGCUCUGGCUGGGGCGUCUGCCAAAUCCCCUCCAAACAGGGUGCCGAGAGACAUCACAGUCAUGAAUAUCCACCAAGCAGUCAGUAGCAUCCCCACCUGUGACUUCCUCACCAACGCACACAUGGGUUAUCUGAAAAAGGACAACUGAGGUGAAAUGAGCCUUGACAUUGACCUGUAACUGACACAUUUGGAGUGAAGGGGGCUGUCUGAACUGCUGGCUGUGACAAAAGAGACUCCUCUGUUGGAAGUGACAGCUCUACUGUGUUAAUAUUGGCACCUAGACGUAGUCCCAUUGCCUCAGGUCUCGCAUUAAUAACUAAUGUACUGUAUUCAUUAACUUGAUCACAGAAGAGGCUCAGCUCGGUUUUUAGAGCAGCUGCAGAGAAGCAGAAUAAUAAUAACCGGGUUUAAUAUCGUAGGUAUGUUGUCACAGUUUGCUCCUAAUGUUUCUAGAAAUGCUGCAUCAUGGGGCUUGCGUUAUUUGAUUUAGAGCGGCUCUUCUGCUCUUUCAUACCUCAUAACUAAAUUAUUUUAAUGAUGAAGCGUUUCCUGCCAGACUGCUGCUCAUAGGAGAAAUGAAGUCGGAGUAACUCAUAGGACUAAAUAACAACAUCAGACAGUUGUCCUGUCCUUCAUACGUCUUACUGUCAAGUCUCUUCAAUUCUGGUUCACUUUCUCUCUUCUCCAGCAGAGAGGAGCCUCUAAUUUACAGCUAUUUGGAAACACAGAUGAUGAUCUGAGCACUCUUUUGGUUGCUGCUUUGAGCGAAAGAGCCAUUGCCAUGGCGACCGGUAAUCAUUAGCAACAUCCUUUGAUAUGUUUCAGAGUUUUCCAACUGAGGUAUUUAAGAAUCCUGCACUACAAAGUAAUUUUACGUUUUAAAGUGCAGAGAAUAAUGUCAUUGAAAUCUUCAUAAAAUGAGCGGAAAAAUCUUGUCUGACCAAAUAAAUAGCACUGGUCAUAGUGAACUCUGAGUCAUUGUGUGUUCAAGGCACCAUCUCUUAAUAUUUGACUGUUCAUCAAGAGUUUUCUGACCUGAAAGCGGUCUUAAGUAUCAUUUUUAGAGCCAUAAUCAUAUCUUUCAUGUCAUGCUUAGUGCACACCAAUCAGCCACAACAUUAAAUCUUCUAACUGAUUAUUGGCAUUAACCAUCAUGUUUGAAAAUGUCUGGUCCUGGAAAUCAUGUUACACAUUGCUGCAGAUGGGGGAGCUCCACAAGCAGCCCAAAGCAAUGACUCUAUUGCCCAACUCCCCAAAGCCCAAUCCAAUCACUCUGAAACACGGCAGGUACACGAGGUCGUCAGCCAGGAGCCCACGGCACCAAAGGGUUUCACCGUCAUCAGACGGUACAGGACACUCGGGGGUCCCGCACUCAUGCAACACUUGGUCCAAACCUUCUCAGCUGCAUGACAAAGACCUAUGAAGUUUAAUGCUGGUCAGGUGGUUUUCAUGUUGCUGCAAAUUGGUGUGUAUAACCGAUAUGUGAACUAUAGUGUUUUCAAAAGCAUUUUAUGUUAAUCUAAUAUGAACACCGUCAAACAGUAAAACCUUAACAGUAGUGAGUGUGUUUAUAUUUGUGUGAAUACUGGAUGUUGUGCACGCUAAAGAGAGUGAAGUUCAUUUCGAAUGCCUGUUAUGUGUUUUGAUACAAAUAAGAUUGUCAGUUUAAUGUGAAGCUUUACAUCAUGUUCAUGUGUGGAUGUUUGGACGAGUGCUUUUAAUGCCUGUACAACCAAACCAAAUUAGUGUACAAGAUACCUAGACACUGUAUUGUCAUUUUUCAGUGCAAACCAAAAGAUAUGAUCAAUAUUCUUAUAUUAAAAAUAUUUCUA